GGAAAAAUCUCGAGGAAGAGGAAAAGUGGAACCUCCCGCUCCCUCCCCUCACCGCCUCCUCCGUCGCCGCCCUCCUCCUCUGUUAUCCGCUCUUAGGCUCGCUUGCUUUCCUUCUAAUCCCGACCCAAACAGACGAAUCCAACUCGGACUCGGGGCUGUUUCUUCGGAGGCUAUAGGUAGAAUCGAAUCAAUUCGGCUUCUGGUUAUUAGCUGAUGCUUCGUUGCUUUUCGUUGAUUAGGAUUAGCUUGGGCCGAGAGAAGGGCGUCCGAUUGAAGAGGCUGAGGUGGGGAUUUUGGGCGGAGGAUUCGGCUCCGGGAUCUCGAUUCUUGACCGGUAGUUGGGGCGGCGGAUCCGGCAGCCAUGAUGGUGGUCGAUACGGUCAGCGCGAGCACCUCCUUCAUCGCCCACCACCUGUUCGACCAGAGGUCCAAGGUCCUUGGCUGCCGUCCCCUGGGGACCCGGUUCGCUGGCAGGCGGCUUGUUGCCCGGCUGACCAGGCAGUUGUCGCCGGCGCGGCGCCUUGCGGACUGGCCGGUCAGGGCGCUGGCGAUUGGGGUGACUAAGGAGGCUAGCCCCCCAAGGAGGGAGUUCCGGGGGAUCCCGGGGGACGGCGAUGAUGACAUGGGGGAUGUUGGGGCGGCGACGAACCCUGCCCCUUCGUGGCCUCCGCGCAACAGGGCUGAUGAUCCCAACUUGCACAACCCUUUGCUCCGGCUGGAGCGGAUGGGCUGCGGGUGGCUUGGCGUGAUCUUUGAGUGGGAAGGGGUGAUUGUCGAGGAUGAUACUGAAUUGGAAAAGCAGGCAUGGUUGACCCUUGCGCAAGAAGAGGGAAAGUCGCCACCUCUGGCAUUUCUGCUCAAGAGAAUUGAGGGGAUGAAGACUGAGCAUGCGAUUUCUGAAGUUCUCUGUUGGUCCAGAGACCCCUCGGAGCUAAGGAGGUUGGCCUCACGGAAGGAUGAGAUACACUGCAACCUCCGUGGCGGUGCAUUCUAUCAGAUGAGGGAUGGCUCGAGGGAAUUCAUGAGCACGCUCGCCAAUUACAAGAUUCCUCUCGCUGUGGCCUCCACACGGCCACGGAAAGUUAUCGAAGAAGCAAUUGAAGCUGUUGGCGUGCGGAGCUUCUUUGAAGCUGUUGUGGCAGCGGAGGAUGUGUAUCGAGGAAAGCCCGACCCUGAAAUGUUUCUAUAUGCUGCACAGCUGCUAAGUUUCAUCCCGGAGAGGUGCAUCGUGUUUGGGAACUCCAACUCCGCGGUGGAGGCUGCGCAUGAUGCCAGAAUGAAGUGUGUUGCGGUUGCAAGCAAACACCCUGUCUACGAGCUUAAUGCUGCAGACCUUGUGGUGAAGCAGCUCGACGAGCUGUCUGUGGUUGACCUGAAGAACCUCGCUGACAUCGAUUCUCCAGAAUUUGACAUGGAACCUGAGCCAGAGAUGGAGGAGGAGGAAGAUGCUCCCCCAUCGACAGCGGUGGGCGUAGACGAUUUAUUCUUGUAGGAGACGAACUUGUACAUUUGAUUGAUCCCUCUCCUGCACAGAUGUAUGAAUGAUGAUUUGUCAUAGCGAUCAGGAAGGGCUUAUCCUUCUAAUCUGUAGGCUGUGUUAUGUACAUGCAUGUAUCUUUAGAGCUCACACAGUGUAUAUAUAUUUGAAAAAAAAAAAGGGGGGACUGGAUAUACGUCAAGGCAUCUAAACUGCAGUUCCUGAUGUGAUGUAUAACUCAGAUGGAUAUAUGUCUAUUUCCAGAAAAACAGAAUCCCACA